AUGGGACUGCGGUCUCCUCUCGAACUUCUCACCCUCCUAUUCACCCUCCUUGUGCCUCUUGCCUCCGCUCUACGAUUCGAUCUCAUCCCAAAUACACACUCAGGGAAGCAUGAAAGAUGCAUAAGGAAUUUCGUUGCGCGUGAUCAGCUUGUUGUCGUCACUGCCACCGUCAGCGGUUCAAAGGGAGAUGGACAGGUUGUCAACAUGCAUAUCAAGAGUUCACUAGGUGACGAUUACGCCAAACCUAAAGAUAUCGCCGGCGAGAUUAGACAGAUGUUCACUGCUAGUGCCGAUUCUUCCUUUGACGUUUGCUUCUCGAACAUCCUUUCCGGUCGACAUGCUGGCCCCAACCCUUCUCGUCAGGUCGAGCUUACCAUUGAAGUCGGUGCUGAUGCUCGAGACUGGGAUGCUAUUAAAGUCCAGGAGAAACUCAAGCCAGUUGAGGCUGAUCUCCGCCGUUUGGAGGCCAUGAUCACUGAAAUUGUUUCGGAGAUGGACUUUAUGCGCGCACGAGAGCAGAAGCUCCGAGACACCAAUGAAAGUACCAAUGAGCGAGUUAAAUGGUUUGCUUUCGGCACCAUGGGUAUGCUGAUUGGCCUUGGUGUCUGGCAGGUUGUCUAUUUGAGAGCCUACUUCCGGUCGAAGCAUCUUAUUUAA